AUGAAAACAAGCAUUUUUGAACAGCAAAAUGCAGAGUAUCCUCCAAAGAAAGUCAAAGGGCACGUUGCUCUGCUGUAUAUAGAUAUUUGUGGACCAUCAAACCCUAAAAUAAUGGGUAUAGAGGGAGAAGAGGUUCACUUGUGUGGUUCUGGAUGGUCUCCAGUGUAUGCUGAAGAAAACUUAAGUGUCAUGUCAGUGGGGUUCUUGCUCAGUGGUCCUGAUGAUGCUGUUAUCUGGAGAGGACCCCAAAAAAAUGGAAUGAUCAAACAAUUUCUUUGUGAUCUGCAGUGGGGUGAAAUUAAUUAGCUUAUUGUGGAUACACCUUCAGGUACCUCAGAUGAACAUUUUUGUGCAUAUCUAAGUUCCGCAUACAUAAUCACUACCCCUCAGGAAAUAUCACUUCAGGACAUUUGAAAGGAGAUCAACUUCUGUCAUAAGGUGAAACUGCCAAUCAUAGGUGGUGUUGAAAACAUGAGUGGCUUUAUAUGCCCAAAAUGUGAGGGAAAAGUUGUGAUAAAGGCCAAUCUUUUUUGUCUGAAAUACCUGAGUCCCCAGCUACUUCCUCUUACAGGAAUAUCAUCCAAAGGAUUCAAGAAUAUUGUGGCCUACACCACUCACAAGAAAAAUUAUCUAACCAAGGAAUGGAAUAAAUGUGCAGUUAAUUACAGGAAAGCAACUAUUGUAUCCUGAAUUGAUAAGAAGAAUGUAAAGACUUGUACUACUUUUCUAUAUUACAAGUAAAUAACUUAAGUAAAGGUCCUUGCUUUAAUUACCUGUUCUUAUUGUGUGCAAUCACCAUAAUAUUUGAACACCAGCUAGUCCAUCUGCUGUCUCAAAGCUUUAUGAUAAGUUUAUAAAAAUAAGUCAUUACU